GCGCUUAGAGAUCCCGGCAUACACCACUUUCCUUCCAUCGCGGUGGAAUAACCCUCGCUCAGAACUAGGCAUGCCGGGAACUGUAGUCCCCCGCCUUCCCUCCAGCGUGCCAUAAGGAAAAGCCGUUGGGCCCAGCUCCAUGUUAUGCUAAUAAGCUGCAGCCCCGAGGCGGCAUGGGGAGGAAGGCCGGGGUGUGGGGGGGGGGAGGAGUGGGAGGUUUGUUCUGGUGUGUCACCCUAGGAACCCGCGCAUAUCGCAGCUCAAGCGGCCGACUGUAGCGUUUCCAUCCGGGUGUCACAUGGGCCGGAGCCCUUUCCCAGCGCUUGCCCCUCCUAGAUUCCAUCCUCCCCCAGUCUCCCGCCCCCGCCCCACCCCCACCUCGCUACCCGCCCCACGCCUACCCUAGCGUUCAGAGGCGUCACGGAACGUGCCCCCUCCUCCUCCUCCUCUUCCCUCUCCCCGGCUCUCCCUCCCUCUCUUACCCUUCCCCCACCCCCUGCCCUUCCCCUCCCGCGCCGGAGACUCGCCGCCGCCGCAGCAGGAGGAGUAGCCGCCGCCGGAGCAGCGCAGAGCCAUGGCCGAAAACGCCGGCUUGGAGAACCACCGCAUCAAGAGCUUUAAGAACAAGGGCCGCGAUGUGGAAACUAUGAGAAGACACAGAAAUGAAGUGACAAUUGAACUCCGUAAGAACAAAAGAGAUGAACACUUAUUGAAAAAGAGAAAUGUUCCUCAAGAAGAAAGUUUAGAAGAUUCUGAUGUUGAUGCUGAUUUUAAAGCACAAAAUGUAACGCUAGAAGCUAUAUUGCAGAAUGCCACAAGUGAUAAUCCAGUGGUCCAAUUGAGUGCUGUCCAAGCUGCAAGAAAACUGUUAUCCAGUGACAGAAAUCCACCGAUUGAUGACUUAAUAAAAUCUGGGAUUUUACCUAUUCUAGUCAAAUGUCUGGAAAAGGAUGAUAAUCCUUCAUUACAAUUUGAAGCUGCAUGGGCACUGACUAACAUAGCAUCAGGAACUUCUGCACAGACUCAAGCAGUGGUACAAUCUAAUGCAGUGCCUCUUUUUUUGAGACUUCUCCAUUCACCACAUCAGAAUGUUUGUGAACAGGCAGUAUGGGCCUUAGGAAAUAUUAUAGGUGAUGGUCCUCAAUGUAGAGAUUAUGUCAUAUCACUGGGAGUUGUCAAACCUCUUCUGUCCUUCAUCAAUCCCUCCAUUCCCAUCACCUUCCUUCGGAACGUCACAUGGGUCAUAGUCAAUCUCUGCAGGAAUAAGGAUCCCCCACCACCUAUGGAGACAGUACAGGAGAUUCUGCCAGCGUUAUGUGUCCUUAUAUACCAUACAGAUAUCAAUAUUCUUGUGGACACUGUUUGGGCUUUGUCUUAUUUAACUGAUGGAGGUAAUGAACAGAUUCAAAUGGUGAUCGAUUCAGGAGUUGUACCAUUUCUUGUGCCUCUUCUGAGCCAUCAGGAGGUUAAAGUUCAAACAGCAGCUCUGAGAGCAGUGGGCAACAUAGUGACAGGCACUGAUGAGCAGACGCAAGUUGUUCUCAACUGUGAUGUUCUUUCACACUUCCCAAAUCUCUUGACUCACCCAAAAGAGAAGAUAAAUAAGGAAGCAGUUUGGUUCCUUUCCAAUAUAACAGCAGGAAACCAGCAACAAGUACAAGCUGUAAUAGAUGCUGGAUUAAUCCCUAUGAUCAUACACCAGCUGGCUAAGGGGGACUUUGGGACCCAAAAAGAAGCUGCUUGGGCAAUCAGCAACUUGACGAUAAGUGGGAGAAAAGAUCAGGUUGAAUACCUUGUACAGAAGAAUGUAAUACCACCAUUCUGUAACUUACUGUCAGUAAAAGAUUCUCAGGUGGUUCAGGUGGUUCUAGAUGGUCUGAAAAACAUUCUGAUAAUGGCUGGUGAUGAAGCUAGCACAAUAGCUGAAAUUAUAGAAGAAUGUGGAGGUUUGGAAAAAAUUGAAGCAUUACAACAACAUGAAAAUGAAGAUAUUUAUAAAUUAGCAUUUGAGAUCAUAGAUCAGUAUUUCUCUGGUGAUGAUAUUGAUGAAGAUCCUAGCCUCAUUCCUGAAGCAACGCAAGGAGGUACUUACAAUUUUGACCCAACGGCCAACCUUCAAACAAAAGAAUUUAAUUUUUAAGUUCCCUAGAGGGCAGCUUCUCUCCCCCAUCAACCUGAAGUACCACCAGAUGGCUACCAAAUGACAAAAACAAACAACAUCAAAAGGCUCCCAAACACACACGCCUCUCUUCGUUUUGAUGCUUUUAAAGCAAGCCGUGUAUCGGUCACUUUGCAGUUGCCAAAAGUCACUCUCACAUGGACUAUAAAUGCAUAUGCAUGAUUUCCUAAACUGUUUUAGAGUUUUCAACAACCCCAACUCUCCUAUUUUCUCCUUCUUUUUCCUGGUGCCACGUGCUGACAGCGCAGCCUGCAGAUUUGUUAGAGAGAUUUCAUAGCAGCGGCACGUCGGCUUUCCACAGAGCAUUUCUUUGGAAAAUGGUGCACUGUGGAUCAAGACACUUGGGUAUGAUGCGUGCGUACAUUCUGGAAGACUUUACAGGGGCACAGUCCAACCUGGGCCUCCAUCACUGUCCUCCACAAACAUAUUUUCAUAUACUUUAUGUGGAAGAAUAGAUUUUAAAAUGUGAGCCAAAUGAUUUUCAUUGGUGAAACUGAAAAAAAAAAGUAACUUUAAAAAAAUGAAACAAAAAAGAAAACUUGGUUAUUGAUUAAACAAUUAAGUUAAAAAACAAACUGUACUUCAUCUAUCAGUAAUUGAUGUGUUCAUUACCUGCCUCAGAAGCCAGGGUUGGAGAAAGAGCUCUAGAUUUGGACCGGUGACGCUUUUGCCAUUAUCCCUAACUGAGAACAGCGAGCCCUGUUUGGCCACUCACUUCAGCCUGUGUGUUCCUGCUGUUUUGAAGUAAUCAAAUGCUGUGCAUGGUAUUUUACCUGAGCUGCAACCUGUCCUGGACUUGGACUUCUGUUUAAGCUGAAAGCAAGAUCCCCAACUGGGGAGGGAAAAAGAAGUCUGAAACAAAAGACUCCUUGAUCAUAAGAGUCUUGCUUUCACCUUGCAGUCGUCAGUAUGUUUUGUUUUAAAUUAAUAAUUGAAUCUGGUUGAUUUAUAUUGGGUUUAAACUGUGGAGCUUUCAUGUUUACUGUAAUUUAGUCUUAAACUAUUUUUUACUUAGUGACCAGUGCUUUUGAUAAUGUGGUUGGCAACAAACCAGCAACUAUUUAGAAUUGUCAUAAAAGCUUCAUUUUUUGAGUACCAGAAAAGCUUAAUUCUGAACCUACUCUAAAACCAUAUUCCCUUGUUUAAAAAGAUACCGACAAGUAUGUGUAAGGCUGUAUAGAAGAAGCUGCCAUUAUUCAGCAUAAAUCUGAUUUGCAGUGAUCUUUAAGUAGUUCUGCAUAAUCUGGUGGUAUUAUGUGAAGUCAUUGCUUUUGGUAAAAUUGUCUAACCCAGUUAUCUACAAAAGGAUAUGGUAUUACUGGAGUGGGAAUGAACAAUUUGAAACUCUGUAAGCUAUCACAAAAAUGGAUUUGUUGCCAUUGUUUACUGGGUGUGAUUUCCCAAUGCAUUGAUGUGAAGGGAUAGAAAAAUCUAACUAAUUUAGUGAUUGGAUGUGGGGUGUAUUUACUGUGAUGAAGACAAGGACAGAUGCCAUCAGAGCUUUGUGGAUCAGCUGGUUUUUUUUCACUGAUGAACAACACAUAGCAGGUGUGCAUUCAUUAAAACUAUAUAUCUGCCAAGGUGGAGCCACUUUAAAGAGUGAGUUUUGUCUUGUAUCUUACAUGGAUACAAGCGUAUGUUUAAACUGCAAGAUUUUUACUUGCUAGAGAAUCUGUUUUAAUAUAGUGGUUUGGCCUCUGAUUAUUUAUAGGUUUUAUAAAUUUUAGAAUCAAUUUCUCUUUAAGGUGGCUCAGAUUUUUCAACUCUUGUGCACAUAAAAUUGAGUUGAAGUUCAUUGUGCCUUUUUUUUCUUUCCCCAAAAGUUGAGUUUAAAAAGCUUCAUAUGGUAACUGCAUCCUAUUCACACAAAAUCUAAAAUCUUAAAACUGUGUGGUGUUCACUAAAAGUAGAUAUAACAAAGUCAAAGCAAUUUAAGGUCACAAACUGGUGAAAUUGAGAAGUCCAAAUCCACCAGAUUACUAUGGUGAAUUAAAAUUUUUCCCCCUUCCAUCUUGAUUUCUGAUGACCCUGCCACAUAUACUGACAGUUACCCUGUUGAUUUUGCACACAUUGAUAUUACAGUGAGAUUAAAAUGAACAUUUUUCCCACUACUGUGAAGAUUCCAGUUUUUUCUUGCACUGAAAGUGCAGAUAACAUCCAAGUGAACAUUAGAGAGCCAGGUAAAGCAGAUAGAUCUGUGCAUUUACUUGACUCUCUUUGAUGUGACCUUAUCAGUUUUGGAUUGAAAUUGCACCAUUUCAUAGUUAAAGGAAACAGAAUAUAUUGCUGCACUUUUAAGUUUUCAGAACAGUGUUUAAGAAUUGCAUUGUUUUUAUUUUUUUUUAAACUAUCAGUUAAAAUAGACUAAAACGUUCUUUCAAAAGAGGCAUCUAAAUGUGUUCCUAAUUUUGUAUAUGGGCUUAGGUUUUUGUAACCAAUAAAAAGCUGCUAUCAAAUACUACAAAA